CUCUUCAGACACACAUAUAGUCUGUUUAGUUAUAGCUUCUUCUUUUUUAUAUUAAAAAAAAAAAAAACAAAAAUUGUCUCUUGGGUUGGUGCCAAACAAGGCAGAAACUGUCAAGUAGUAUAGUGGGAAUUAUGGGGUUCAAACACUGCACUUAAGAAAUCAAUUUUUUUUGCCUCUUUAUUGGAUUCUUUCUUUUUCUCUGUGUGUCUCUCUCUCACCAGUUUUCAGUUUUCACUUAGUUUAGCUUCUUGUUGUUUAGUUUUUGUCUUUAAAAUCUUUAAAAGCUUUUGUCACACAUGAAAAACCAAGAUCUAUGGCCCAUGAUGGAACCUUAAAAUAUCAAAAAUUUAAUGCCUAAGUGAGAAGAUGAUGAAGGGUUUGAUGUUCCAAGUCCAACAACAACAACAGCAACUACAGCAGCAAGUUGUGGAGGAGAACAUGUCUAAUUUGACGUCUGCUUCUGGUGAAGCAAGUGUUUCUUCAGGCAACAGAACUGAAAUAGGUACCAACUAUUCUCAACAGUAUUUUGCUCCUCCACCAACCCAAACUCAACCAGUAGUGAAAAAGAAGAGAAACCUCCCAGGCAACCCAGACCCAGAAGCAGAAGUGAUAGCUUUGUCUCCAAAGACUCUUAUGGCAACAAAUAGAUUUAUCUGUGAGAUCUGUAACAAAGGGUUUCAAAGAGAUCAGAAUCUUCAACUUCAUAGAAGAGGGCAUAAUUUGCCUUGGAAGCUAAAGCAGAGAACAAGCAAAGAGAUAAGGAAGAAGGUGUAUGUAUGCCCAGAACCUAGUUGUGUGCACCAUGACCCAUCAAGGGCUCUUGGAGACUUGACUGGAAUCAAAAAGCACUUUUGCAGAAAGCAUGGUGAGAAGAAGUGGAAAUGUGACAAGUGCUCAAAGAGGUAUGCAGUUCAAUCAGAUUGGAAAGCUCACUCCAAAACUUGUGGCACUAGGGAGUACAGAUGUGACUGUGGAACCCUUUUCUCAAGGAGGGACAGUUUCAUAACCCACCGAGCAUUCUGUGAUGCAUUAGCUGAAGAGAGUGCAAGAGCUAUCACAACAAAUAACCCACUUCUCUCUUCUCAACCUGGCUCUUCAACGCCUCACAUUUUGAACCUCCCACAACACCAAUAUAAUCCCCAAGACCUCCAUGCAUUUACUUUGAAAAAAGAGCAGCAAAGUUUCAAUUUAAGGCCAGAGAUACCACCAUGGCUUUCUUUUCCUGGCCCACCGCCACCUCAACCUCUUGACCUUUCAUCCUCCUCCUCAUCAAUCUUCUCCACAAGAUUAGACCAUCAUAAUCAUCAUCAAGAAUUCACACAGUCCCACCAAGACUUUUCCCUCCAUGAAACACCAAACCCUAACCCUAGUCUUGGACCCACUCUCCCUCCUUAUCAGUCUGUACCAUCCCCACACAUGUCAGCCACUGCAUUGCUUCAGAAGGCAGCUCAGAUGGGUGCAACUAUGAGCAACAAGACUGGCAGCUCAUCACAAGGCAUGCUGUUGAGGCCCACACACCAGUCUCACAUGUCUGCAGCUUCUGAUUCUAGCAACAACACAACUGGUAAUAAGUUUGGAUUGAAUUUGUCUUCACAUGAAGAGAUGGGCACUACUGGUACUGGCUUUACCCAUAGCUUGGCAGUUCCCUUUGGGAAUAAAGCUGCAUGCUCUUCUGCUGCCUCUGCUGGAGCAAGUAGUACUACUGGUGUGGCCUCAGGUGUUGUUCAUACUCCUUCUUUUCUUCAUGACAUGGUGAGUUCUCUCUCUUCUGCAACUGGGUUUGAAGGAACUUCUUUUGAGGAUGCAUUUGGUGGGAUUCUGAAUUCAAAGAAAACAACCACCACCACCAACAACAACACUAGCCAUUUUACUAGGAAUGAUGAAAGUGGUACAGGUGGUGGUGAAGGUUUGACUAGAGACUUUUUGGGUCUUAGAGCUCUCUCUCAUGGUGACAUUCUCAGUAUUGCUGGUCUUGGUCAUUGUAUGAACACUUCUAAUGAGCCUCAAAAUCAACCCCAAAAACCAUGGCAAGGUUAGCUCCUAUGUUCUGGCUAGAUAAAAAACCUUUUUUUUUCUUCUAUAAUUUUGAAUUUCUUAUGUCCCCACUUUUUUUGAGCUAUCAAUCUUCCCAAAGGGAAAGACAUAUCAAAAAUCUUAAUAUUACAAUGCCAUAUGUUAGCUAUUUUA